AUGGUACCUCAUGUCCGGCCGAAAGCCACGUCUGUGGCGGCGCAUCUCUCCGGUGCAACGCCUUCAUGGCACGGCCAAAUAACUGCGGACGGGCCGUUCAAGCCAGAGACAGGCCGGUACCACCUAUAUAUCGGUCUCUUCUGCCCGUUUGCGCAGCGGGUGAACAUCGUGCGACACCUAAAGGGCCUGCAGGAGCUGCUGCCGAUGUCGGUGGUCAAGCCGUAUCCAAAGGGAGACGAGACGGGCUGGCCGGGCUGGGUGUUUCCCACGUCGGAGACGGAGUACGCGGGUGCGACGCCGGAUGCGCUGUUUGGUGCGGCAUACCUGCACGAGAUCUACUUCCGCGCGGAUCCGCAGUACGCCGGCCGGUUUUCUGUGCCGGUUUUGUGGGACAAGACGGACAGUACGAUUGUCAACAACGAGUCAGCCGAGCUGAUGCGUGACCUGCAGACGGCCUUUAACGGACUGCUGCCGGAGCGAGACGCCAAGUUGACGUUGUACCCGACGCGGCUGCGAGCGCGGAUCGACGCUGAGACCACGUGGCUGCAGCGCGACCUCUGCGUGGGUGUAUACCGGGCCGGCUUUGCGACGACGCAGGAGGAGUACGACGCCGCGGUGCCACGGGUGUUUGCGGCGCUGAAUCGGCUGGAGCGGCUGAUUCACAGAAACGGCGGUCCGUUUGUGCUGGGGGAUGCGCUGACAGAGUUGGAUGUUCGGGCAUAUGCGACGGUGGUCCGGUUCGACGUCGUGUACGUGCAGCACUUCAAGUGCAACCUCGGGACGAUCCGUCACGACUACCCUCAGGUGAACAACUGGCUCCGGCACUUGUACUGGGACGUUCCCGGCUUCCGCGAGACGACCGACUUCCGCCAUAUCAAGGAGAACUACACCAAGUCGCACCGGGACAUCAACCUGCGAGGCAUCACGCCUAUGGGGCCGUGGCCCGACGUCGAGGCCGACUACGAGUCGGACGUGGCCAAGGUGCCCGUCGGGGGUGUGUCCAUGCCGGUGGUGCUUGAGCUGGAGAAGACACUGGAGACAUAG